GUAACAUCUCUCUCUCACACACCGAACCCUGUUCUAGAGAACGGAAACCUCUUUCUCUCUGCCUUUCCGUCUUUGUGAGCAGAAAAAUGGCGACAGCUGGUCUACUGGAUCAAGAUCAGUUAAGCUGCCCAAUCUGUCUGGAUCUAUUGAACAAUCCAGUGACUAUUCUCUGUGGACACAGUUACUGUAUGGGCUGUAUUAAUGGCUACUGGGAUCAGGAUGAACAUGUGGAUGUUUACAGCUGUCCCCAGUGCCGACAGACCUUCACCCCAAGGCCUGUUCUGGGCAGAAACACGAUGCUGGCUGAAGUGGUGGAGAAACUGAAGACAGGACUGCAAGCUGCUUCUCCUGCUCAAUGUUAUGCUGGACCUGGAGAUGUGGCGUGUGAUGUCUGUACUGGGAGAAAACUCAAAGCUGUCAAGUCUUGUUUGGAGUGUCUGUCCUCUUACUGCAAAACUGAUUUAAUUCUUCAUGAAAAACUGAACCGAGGGAAGGCUCAUAAACUAGCUGAGGCCACAGGAAAACUACAGGGAAUGAUAUGCUCCCAUCAUGCCAAACUUUUAGAGGUUUACUGUCGUACCGAUCAACAGUGUAUCUGUUAUCAGUGUGUGAUGGAUAAACACAGAGGCCAUGAGACAGUCUCAGCUGCAGCAGAACGAACUGAGAAACAGAACCAGCUGCAGGCAACAAAGUGGACAUCCCAACAGAGAAUCCAGGAGAGAGAAAAGGAGCUGCAGGAUCUAAGGCAGGCUGUGGAGUCACUCAAGCACUCAGCACAGACAGCAGUGGAGGAAAGUGAAGAGAUCUUUACAGAGCUGAUUAGCUUCAUCGAGACGAGACGCUCUGUGGUGAAGGAGCUGAUCCGGGAGCAGGAGAAGGCUGCAGUGAGUCGAGCUGAAGGACUUCUGGCACGACUUGAGCAAGAGAUUGCUGAGCUGAGGAGAAGAGAUGCUGAGUUGGAGCAGCUUUCACACACAGAUAAUCACAUCGAUUUCCUCCAGUGCUGUCAGGCUCUCAUUGUACCUCCUGUAUGUGAAGAGUCACCCAGAAUCACAAUUGACCCGGACACUUCUUUCGGGUUUAUGAGGACAGCGGUCUCUGAUCUGAAAGUGAAACUACAGGACCUCUGCAAGAGGGAAUUAGUCCAGAUCUCUAAAACAGUGAAAUGUGUGAACAUAGCAAAGAUUCCAGAGCUCAGAACUUUUUUCGAAGAUGUGAAGGGCAUACAGAUUGCACAGCCCCGAACCAGAGCCGAGUUCUUACAAUAUUCCUGUCAGCUCUCACUUGAACCGAACACUGCAUACAACAAACUCCAUCUGACUAAAGGGAACAGAGUGACACUGGGUACUGUGGUUCAGUCGUACCCUGAUCACCCAGAGAGAUUUGAGGUCAGACCUCAGAUUCUUUGUAGGGAGGGUUUGUCUGGACGCUGUUACUGGGAGUUUGAGUGGAAUGGGGAAAAAGGAGUUGAGAUAUCAGUCUCAUAUAAAGAGAUAUGUCGGAAAGGAUGGGGUGACGACUGUCUCUUUGGAUUCAGUAAAACAUCCUGGAGUUUUGUCUGCUUUCCCUCUGGUUACAUUAUCUGGCACGAUAAACAAAAAUUGAAAAUCUCCGCUCCUCGCUUCUCCAGAAUAGGAGUAUACCUGGAUCACAGGGCAGGAAUUCUGUCCUUCUACGGUGUCUCUGACACAAUGACCCUUGUCCACAGGGUUAAGACCACAUUCACUAAACCUCUCUAUCCUGGGUUUGGGUUUGGUUUAGGUUCUACCAUAAAACUGUGUUCUUUAUAAUGAGAGACAGAGAAGUACAAACAGCAAUUUAAAAGAUUUUUACAUAAUAAUCACUUGUAACUUGUGACUUACUUGUAAUUUUUAGAUAUCCAGUUUUUAUAUUACUGCCUUUGAGGAUCAGAUAAAUAUAAUUUGAUGUGGCAAACUUG